ACAUCCAUGGAAUGAAUGGAUCAACGCAUGUCGUCCUGCGUCAAUCACGAGUUUGUUAUUCAUGUACGGACUGGGGAUGUACAAGGAGCAGGUACUGAUGCAAAUGUGUCUGUUAUACUUCACGACGAGCAAGGCUCAUCAACAGACAAACACAAUCUCGACUAUUUCUUCCGGAAUGACUUCGAAAGAGGGAACCUGGAUGUAUUUCAGCUGCCAAGGGAUAAGACUGCAGGUUUAGGCAAACUAAGAAAACUGGAAAUAUUCCGUGACGAUUCUGGAUUUGGAAGUUCCUGGUACGUUGAAAGGAUCACAGUUGAGAACAAGUCUAACGGCGACGUGUACAUCUUCCCAGUGUUCAGGUGGCUGCGACCUCAUUACCACUACGUGUUUCGGGAAAAUGACACCUUCCUUCCACAGGAUGAUGCCCAACAGGAGCAGAGGAGGCUGGACUUGGAGGAGAAACGCAAACUGUACGUGGUGGACACCAGUGAUGUCGCUCUCCCUGCCUCGGUGAAGGAUUUGCCUGCCGAGGAGAUGUUUUCAAGCCAAUACAGGUGGGAUAUACAGAAGUUGAAAAUGAAUCUCAUAGUUCAGAGCAAAAUCACCAUGUUGACAACAGGCAGAUGGAAGAGCCUCGAGGACAUAAGCAACGUGUACGUCAGGGAGAUCUUCAACCAACCAUAUACUAGCUAUUCCUGGACGGACGACUCGUUCUUUGGUUAUCAGAGACUCAACGGCCUUUGCCCUACGCUCAUUCAACUUUGUUCUAACAUUCCACAAAAACUUGCCGUUACACCAGCAGACAUCGAGCCAUUCCUGGAAGGGAGAUCUGUUGAAGAAGCCUUGGGUGAUAAGCGACUCUUCUUUUGUGAUCUGAAAAUUCUCCACAACUUCGAAAGCAGAAGUGAAGACCGUGCGGUUUGCGCUCCCAUCCUUCUGCUGUACCGGGACAAUCAAGGUCGACUCCUCCCAGUUGCCAUACAGUUGUUCCAGGAGCCAGGACCUACCAACCCGGUGUUUCUACCAUCCGACGACCCGAACACGUGGCAGCUGGUGAAGAUGUGGUACAACCACGCAGAGGCCACCUACCACCAGUCGCUGGUCCAUCUUGGAUAUACCCAUCUGUUGAUGGAAGGGGUCGCGUUGGCACUUGAGAGGCAGGUGUCCAUCUCUCACCCAAUCUUCAAACUCCUGGCACCGCAUCUCCUGUAUAUUUUCGCCAUCAACAAGUUUGCUGUGGUGAAGUUGCUGUCUGUUGACGGAUGGAUCGACACUACCAUGUCAGCCGGGAGGAAUGGUGUGUUGGGACUGAAUCGGAAAGGGCGAAAAGACUGGCGGAUGGACAUCCAGGGAACGUUACCCGAGGACCUCAAAAGGAGAGGGGUGUCCGAGGAGAACGUUCUUCCUGGGUACUACUACCGUGACGACUCUCUACUUCUGUACAAUGCAAUAAAAACCUACGUUACAAGUUACGUUGGCCUGUAUUAUGAGACACCCCAACGUCUCCUUGACGACACAGAAAUGCAGGCCUGGGCAAAAGAGAUGGCUAAGAGUCGGGAGGACGGUGGAAUGGACAUUCAGGGAGUACCUGGCAAUGGGAAGUUCCGGGAUUUAGAAGACCUCACCCUGACGUUGACGUCGUUCAUCUUCACCUGCAGCGUCCAGCACGCCGCCGUCAACUUCCCCCAGUACGACUACUACGGCUUUCCGCCAUUAUACCCUCUCACACUUGAAGGCAACCCUCCAGCGGACAAGACUCCCAAGACGGAAGCUGAUAUACUGAAUGCCCUACCCAACAAGGCAAAGACCUUUGAUGCAAUGAUCGUCACCAAAAUACUCAGCCAGAAGGGAGUCAACAGUCUCGGCGACUUUGAGGUUCAAUAUGUGUUUGAUCCUAAGGCAACCGAAAUUGUUGCAAAAUUUCGGAAAGACCUUGCGAGUAUUGGAACGGCGAUCAGAAACAGGAACAAGUCUCUAGACAUGCCCUAUGAUUAUCUCCUGCCUGAGUCCAUACCAAACUCCAUCAGUAUAUAGGCUGAGCCUAAAUUCCAGCAUACUGAGUUGUUUCCCUUGAGUGUAGCAGAAUCCUAUGAUGAUGUUGUCACAGAUUCGCCCUUGUUGUGGCCCGUGAUUUAUCAACAUAUAAUGCUGGUAUAUUUGAAUCAAACUGACAUAUUGUUCAAACCUGACAGACACCAAACUCUCACUUUAUAUGACUUAUCACACCGAAGACCCAGGUUCGAUUCCCCACAUGGGCACAAUGUGUUAGGCCCAUUUCUGGUGUCACGCCGUGAUAUUGCUUGAAUAUUGCUAAAGGGGCGUAAUACCAUACUCACUCACUCACUCAUUAUGUGACAGACGUAAUGCAAACCGCUGAUACCAGGAUACGUCUGCACAACACAGAAA